ACCGCAUUUGACAGUCACUGCCUCCCAUGUUUCAUUUAUAGCUAAAUAUUCUGUAGAUUUUCUUUGCCGAGAUGAUAAAAUGUUCCCUUUUACAAACACUGACCAAUGAGGAUAACUAGGAAUUUUAACAAUGGCAAGUGAGAAAUGUUUUCCCCCCUACAUGAACUUUCCUGUGUAUAAUGCCAGAGCCCUCCCCCUUUGUUUUCCGGGGAGGAGUGAUGCAAGUUAAAGGAAAUGUAGCCAGAAUGAAACAGAUGUGUAUCUGAGCUGCGGCAGGAGAGAACACAGCCCGCAAAAGGAAGUUAAGAUGACUCUGAAUAACUGUUGAUGCCCUGCAGUUUUGCUGCAUUUUCAGAUCAGCCAUCACCUGAGACUUUUCACAAGCUACACGCCAUUUGAUACUUUUCUGUGUGCACUGUUUGAAUUACUGUAAACAAUCAUAGAAGAGCAUAGGAAUGAUUCUGGUAGAGGAGUAAAAACUUUCCUGAGCAUUCCAGAGACCACUUUUGUUAUGGUGAAUGAAGUGAUUCCUGAGAGCUUGUACCAUCUCUACAUCACUGAGUGAUCGGAAUUCCCAUCUGAUGAGCAUCAUGAAUAACUCAAACUACACCCCAUCCUGCUACGCCAACACCACCACUCCAUAUAGAUAUAAUGCUGGCAUUAACAACGUUAGCUACUCAGCCACCUUCAGUGCUUUGGGCCUCAUCUCUAAUCUAAUUGCCUUUAUUGUCCUCAUCAAAUCCUUUAGGCAGACAAAAAAUAAUUCUCGCUCUUUCUUCCUCAUUCUCCUGGGUGGUCUUGUAGUCACUGACUUCAUGGGUCUGCUGGUCACUGGCUCCUUCGUGAUUUCGUUUUACGCUACACUUGUUGACUGGCGUGAGUCAGACCCUACAUGCCACUUUUGCAACUUCAUGGGUAUGUCCAUGGUCUUCUAUGGAUUGUCCCCUCUGCUACUUGGUGCCACCAUGGCCACCCAGCGCUUUAUUGGCAUCAACCAUCCAUUUGCAAGUUCCUCCAGAAUGACCAAGAAAAGGACUAUUUCCAUGGUGCUGAUGGUGUGGUUCAUUGCUGGAAGCAUAUCGUUGCUGCCACUAGCAGGGUUUGGUAGUUACCACAUUCAGACUCCUGGCUCCUGGUGUUUCCUCAACAUGACCCCCAAAACAAGUGACUGGAGUUUCGCUCUGCUUUUCUCCCUGGUUGGACUGAUCAGCAUUGCAACAUCAAUUUUGCUGAACACUGUGAGUGUGGUGACCCUGUUCAAGGUUUACUGUGGAGCAGAGAGGAGACAGCGUAGCAGAGACCAUGAAGUGGAAAUGAUGCUGCAGCUUAUACUGAUCAUGACCAUUUCCACCGUUUGCUGGUGCCCCUUGCUGGUCUUCAUUGCCCAGACAGCUGUUGCCAGGACYGGUUUUAAUGUGAUAUAUCUGCUUCUCUGGAUACGCUUUGCAACCUGGAACCAAAUCCUAGAUCCGUGGGUAUACAUCCURUUUCGCCGGUCAGUUUUGAGGAUAGUGAACCCUAAUGCUGACUGGUCCCGGACCUCCAUCAUUUCUUUGUCUUCAACUAUACGUGACAACGUCCAUCGAUUCGCACGGUCUUCACUGGGAAGCACCCUGCGCGCGGAUGUCCCAGAGGAUCCUGAAAAAUCAAAUGUGAUGCCCCCSUCUCCACCAACAUCAUCCUCACUUUCUCCAUGUUUGAUUGGAUCUGAGUCAUAAUUACAGCAGAGUCACAUAAGUGAACCUGUAAAUGUGGUCUGCUCUGCUGUUGUUUUUCAUGAUGAAUGUGAUGAAAUUAACUUGCAUGGUUGCACAAACAAUGUGAAGCAACUAUCUCCUUAUGGCUCUGCGUGUAUUUCAGAUGUCAGAURKCAUCARUCUUUUAAUACAAAGACUAAGAAGCAUUUACUUGUGUACAGAGAUAUAACUUAUAUUCAAAAAUAUACUUCAACUGGCAUCAUAUAUAAAACUAAGAAUGAGAUGUGUAAGCUGGCAUUUUUCUGUUUUUCCUUGUGGAUUUUGUAUAUUUUAUAAGCAGCUAAUAAGUUAUAUGGCAUAAAUAUGCUGUAUUAUUAUGCAUAAAGAGGAUUUUAUGCAGUUUGAGAAUUACAUGUUUUAAUAUCAAAACAUAAGAGUGGUCAUUAAGGAAGAUUUUCUGAUCUUUACAGAUCAACAAAAGCAACUUCCUUAAUAUUUUCUCCUGUUUCUUAUCUAUCCGCCCAUCCAUCCAUCCACAUCUACAUGGUGGUUGGACUGCUGCCUAUUUCCAGUAGUCAUUUGGCGAGAGGUGAGGUACUGUACAUGCAUUUUAGUAUGAACCAUAACAAUUAUAAGAUCCAAAGCAGAGACCACCAGUACGUUAAAUAUGUUUAUAAAAAUGAGUUAAUGUUUAUCGACAGUAUUACUUUCUGCUUUGUGACAUUUUUUUGUACCUUUAGUGAAGUGAAAAAAUAAACAUUUCAAUUUCUUGUCUCCUUCAGUGAUAAUGUGUAAUUUAACAAUGUGAUAGUAAUGUGCUUUUUAUUCAUUACACAAAACAUUAAACAUCU